AGCCUCAGGUCACCAGAGAGGAACAGAGAGACAGCAGGAGGGUUCCUUUAAAAAGGGCGGGAAAAAAACCAACACAAAUCCAUCGCGUUAGACUUUUCUUAAUCAUAUUUACACUCUUUAAUUCGUUUUUGUCUGAGUUUUUUUGUUUUUUUUGUUUUGAGGAUAAUGAAUCUCUGAGAGGAAAAUAUCAACAGGAGCGCGUCACCGUGUCCCCAGACGCGUCGUGUUAAUCUCUCACAGGACAUACACAUGACCUAAACAGGUCCCAUCGGACUGAUCGCAUUCCCGCGCCUCUUCACCAGGGACCCGGGUUUCAUCGACGGACCCUGUGCGUGUGACCGCAGCUCGCUCGACCCGCGCGGAUCCGGCGGCAGACAAAACAUGCGUCUGGUUCUCUUCGCCCUCUUCGUGUCCUGCUCGUGCGCGCGCGGCGGCUGCGAGCCCAAGAUCGUGAACAUCGGCGCGGUGCUGAGCCAGAAGCGGUACGAACAGGUGUUCAAGGACGCGGUGACCCAGGCCAACAACAUCUACGGCAAGGACAAGUUCAAGAUGAACGCGAUCUCCGUCACGCACAAGCCCAACGCCAUUCAGAUGGCACUGUCCGUGUGUGAGGAUCUCAUCUCAAACCAGGUCUAUGCCAUUUUGGUGAGUCAUCCUCCCCAGUCCAAUGACCACCUCACCCCGACACCAGUCUCCUACACAGCUGGAUUCUAUCGCAUUCCUGUAGUGGGACUGACCACUCGCAUGUCCAUCUACUCAGACAAGAGCAUCCACCUGUCGUUUUUGCGCACGGUGCCUCCUUACUCCCACCAGGCGCAGGUGUGGUUUGACAUGAUGCGCGAGUUCCGCUGGAAUCACAUCAUCUUGAUCGUGAGCGACGACCACGAGGGCCGUGCGGCGCAGAAGAGGCUGGAGACGCUCCUGGAGGAGAGGGAGACCAAGAGUAAAAACAGGAACUAUGAAAACCUCGACCAACUGUCCUAUGACAACAAGCGAGGACCCAAGGCAGAAAAAGUGCUCUUGUUCAGCCAAGACACAAAUCUGACUGCACUGCUCCAGGAGGCCAAAGAGCUGGAGGCCAGAGUCAUCAUCCUGUCUGCCAGUGAGGACGAAGCAGCGGCUAUUUACAAAGCGGCUCGCCAGCUCAACAUGACCGGCUCUGGUUACGUGUGGCUGGUGGGAGAAAGAGAGAUGUCUGGUAAAGCUCUAAGUGAAGCUCCAGAUGGCUUGCUCGGCCUCCAGCUGAUCAACGGCAAGAACGAGUCGGCGCACAUCUACGACGCCGUGGCAGUGGUGGCCCAGUCCAUCCAGGAGCUCUUUGAGAAGGAGAACAUCACAGAGCCUCCUAAAGGCUGCGUGGGCAACACGAACAUCUGGAAGACUGGCCCGCUCUUUAAACGAGUACUGAUGUCAUCCAAGUAUCCAGAUGGUCUCACAGGCCGCGUGGAGUUUAACGAUGACGGAGACAGGAGGUUCGCCCACUACAGCAUCCUCAACUACCAGAAGACCCGGUUGGUCCAAGUGGGCGUCUAUAACGGCUCGCAAGUCAUGAUGAACACACAAAGGAAGAUCAUAUGGCCAGGAGGAGACACCGAGAAACCAAGAGGCUAUCAAAUGUCAACAAGAUUGAAGAUCGUCACCAUCCAUCAAGAGCCGUUUGUGUACGUGAAACCGACGCUGCGAGACGGGACGUGUAAAGAGGAAUACACUGUGAAUGGAGUCCUGAUCAAAAAAGUGAUAUGCACCGGGCCCAACGAGACGAUUCCUGGUCGCCCCAUAGUGCCUCAGUGCUGCUAUGGUUUUUGCAUCGACCUCUUGAUCAAGCUCGCCAUGACGAUGAACUUCACCUAUGAAGUGCACCUAGUGGCUGAUGGCAAAUUUGGCACCCAGGAGCGUGUCAAUAACAGCAAUAAGAAGGAGUGGAACGGCAUGAUGGGGGAGCUGCUGGGUGGCCUGGCAGAUAUGAUUGUGGCUCCGCUUACCAUCAAUAACGAAAGAGCCCAGUACAUCGAGUUCUCUAAACCGUUUAAGUACCAAGGCCUCACCAUCCUUGUCAAAAAGGAAAUACCUCGCAGUACCCUGGACUCGUUCAUGCAGCCCUUUCAGAGCACUCUGUGGUUACUGGUGGGUCUUUCGGUCCAUGUUGUGGCGGUGAUGCUCUACCUAUUAGACCGUUUCAGCCCAUUUGGAAGGUUUAAAGUAAAUAGUGAAGAGGAAGAAGAGGACGCCCUCACCUUAUCCUCUGCCAUGUGGUUCUCUUGGGGGGUACUUCUGAACUCCGGUAUUGGAGAAGGUGCCCCACGGAGCUUUUCGGCGAGGAUUUUAGGUAUGGUGUGGGCUGGUUUUGCUAUGAUCAUAGUUGCAUCUUAUACUGCCAAUUUGGCUGCCUUCCUAGUGUUGGAUCGGCCUGAGGAGCGCAUUACCGGCAUCAAUGAUCCUAGGCUGCGAAACCCAUCAGAUAAAUUCAUCUACGCCACGGUGAAGCAGAGCUCUGUGGACAUUUACUUCCGGCGCCAAGUUGAGCUGAGCACUAUGUACCGCCACAUGGAAAAGCACAACUACGAGAGCGCCGCUGAGGCCAUCCAGGCUGUGCGAGACGGCAAACUCCAUGCUUUUAUUUGGGAUUCAGCAGUGUUAGAAUUUGAGGCCUCGCAAAAGUGCGACUUGGUCACCACAGGGGAGUUGUUCUUCCGAUCGGGCUUCGGCAUCGGCAUGCGCAAAGACAGUCCAUGGAAGCAGAAUGUCUCCUUGGCCAUUCUCAGCUCUCAUGAGAAUGGGUUCAUGGAGGACCUGGAUAAAACUUGGGUGAGAUACCAGGAGUGUGACUCCAGGAGCAACGCCCCAGCCACUCUCACAUUUGAGAAUAUGGCAGGCGUGUUUAUGCUCGUGGCUGGCGGUAUCGUCGCCGGGAUCUUCCUCAUCUUCAUCGAGAUAGCGUACAAGAGACACAAAGAUGCUCGCAGGAAGCAGAUGCAGUUGGCCUUUGCAGCGGUUAAUGUCUGGAGGAAGAACCUGCAGGAUAGGAAAAGUGGUAGAGCAGAGCCCGACCCCAAAAAGAAAGCCUCUUUUAGGUCCAUCAGUACCAACCUGGCCUCCAACAUCAAGAGACGUAGGUCCUCCAAAGACACGCCGUACCCCACGGACAUCACCGGCCAGCUCAACCUAUCCGACCCCUCCGUCAGCACGGUGGUGUGAACGCAGACAAGAGAGCGGGGAAAAAAAAGAAAAAAGAACAAGAGCUAGACAUAACAAGAGUGCGACAGGGAGGCUAUAAAAGGAGGAGAUGGUUGGCGGGGGUUUGCUGAAAUCGUGCCAGACCUGCUGAUCCCUUUUUAUCAACAACGUCAUCGUCUGAGCCAACAACAUGCUCAACUGAACAAAACACACAUACACACAGUCCUGCACCCUCCUCGAUCUUCCUCCAUCCUCCUCCCCAGGCCUCUACCAACAUGCCCAGGACACGACUGUGACACCUGAAACAAACAGAAAAAAAAAGAAAAGAAAAAGCCCUUGGAGCUGAAACGUACUGCCGCAAUAUGCCCUCACAUGCCCCGUACAGACACAGAAACACACACAUAAACAACCUUCAUUUCCCCAUACUUAUAAAGCAUGCUCAUUUCUGAAAAAGUUAUUAUCAAGUCCGUUCUAUUUAUCUCGAAUUCGAUUCAUUCAGUGGUCACUCUACCUCCACUUCUCCACAUAUUAAACUAUAUGUAGCUGAAACAACUAACUUUUACUGAAUUUCACGUUUCGUUUGCAAGGACGGUUUUCUAUGUUGUAUAUUGCUGAUGUAAAAUAUACCUCUGAUUGCUAUUUGUAUUGUUAUUAGAUUAGGCAAUAGAUCCAUGGUACACGUAGAGUAGAUUAAAGGAUAAAUCCACCCUGAACGAUUUGUUUACCUGGAUUAAUAACUGACAUCAAUUGGGUAAGGUCGUGUAAUAAGGAUUCUCAUUUCGACUCUUUCGGCUCUUCCCUACCGUAUUAUUAUAACCCACGAUACCAUUUGACUACCUGCUUAGGAUUUAGCCCUUCCUAUUAAAAAAAUCUACCUGAGAAAAGUGAUGCAACUAGUACUGUACUGAGUUCUAAAACAUCAGAAUUUAUAUAACACUUAGAAAGAUUAUGAUGCUAAUCGGGACGGCAAAGUUUUGGCAUCACGUAGCUAACUAGCCAGCUAGCUAAGCCUAGUAAAGGUACAUUGCGUCGUGGAACAUUUGCGCAACGUCUUUUAAAGAUUCUCCUUAAGAUGUUAAAUAUUAAACAUGGAAAAUGGUGAUUAAGAAAAUAAGGUUUUUACAAGCUGACAGAUGUUCGAGAAGGUUUAAUUAAACUCCAUUAUCAUUAGAACAACACUAGCAUUGUGUUCGACCAACGAACUAGCACUGGAAUAAUCGCUAAUGGCGGCAAAACCUUUAGAUAUAACGAUUCAGGGUGGAGUUUACCUUUAUGCACUACUGUAAAUAACGCUGUAGGUAUUAUUCAGGUCCUUGUAUCUUGCUCUUUUUUUUUCCUGAUACACUCCAAUCUCUCCAUUGCCUUCUCCAAAAAACAAAAAAAAUCUUUUUGCUGAUGCGAUCUGGAUCUGUUAAGCCAACAAAACUGUGGAACAAUUGACUUUUUCCUGUUUUUCUUUUUGUCACAUGCUCCAAUCUUUCUUAACAAUAAGUCAUGCAAUGGUUUUUUUUUCCAGAAAGUGCAAAAUGUAGCAGAUUAAAAAAAAAAGAAGAAGAAAAAAAUACGGUUUGAGACUCGAUGAACAAAUUAAAAGAAAAAAAAUCGAACAAUGCAGCUAUUAUUACAGGAUGAUUUGAGUGGAGGGUUUUAAUAUUUAAUUCUGCUUGAAAUGCUCUGUAAUAAUUCCUGUAGCUUCGAAAGUAUAAAGUUGUUCAAUCCAAAAAGCGUAUCACAGGACAGGAUUGUGUGUUAAUGUACUCAGUGUUGUAUUAUGGAUGUUUAUUGAUAUAGACGGCGGUGGAAGUAAUAUUGCAUUUCUGCGUUCUUUUAAUCGGCUUCAGCUUUCGUUUUUUUGUUGUUUUUUUUCUGGGCUAAACGAUCGACUCCAGGAGGAUCAUUUGCAUUUUGUGACUCGUACUAGUACACACGGUGAAUGGUCGUAAUGCUAGGACACCGUAUAGCACUUUUCGUCUUAAAGCAAUCUUUUUCCGAGGGCUUUGGUGUGAAAAUGUAUUUUGUAAGCUGGGAAUAUUACAUGAAGUGUUUAAAUUAUUCUUAUUCUUCUUUAUUAAUUUUUUUGCCGCGGUUUCUACUGCGUAAGGUAGAGACUGUACCAAGUGGACCUUUGUACGCUGCCAGUAAGCUGCCAAGCUUGUACUGUGAAAUUCCUGCGAUGCUUCAAGCGUUUUUGAGUGUUAGUCAGUGGAAAUGAAGUACGAGCAAAAAAAAAAACUAAUCCGCAUUAUCACAUAAGAAGAAAUCAUAUUUAUUUGGGAUCUAUAGUGGAAAUCCUUCAGGAUGCUGUACAGAUGUUUUUUUUUUUUUAGAAUAACGUGCAAAAUAAGGUCAAUCAGAAACAAACAGCUGUGUAACCUGUUCAAUCUGACACAAACAUUGUGAAUUUGUGAAUAUCUAGGCGAUUUUAAUAUACAGUACAUUAGAUACAUACAGAUCUUGUUGUUUUUUUUUAUCACCAAAUGUGCUUUUGAAGGCCAGUCCUACUCUGUGAGAUAAUAAAAAAUAAAUCUAUAUGUUUAAAACUUAUACUCUUAUGUGCAAAUAAAAUAUAUAAGAUGCAAAACUGUAUGAAUUAUUCUCUCAAGCGGGCAGCUUCACUUUUCCCAUAUUUAAUUCAUACUGAGGUUCCUGUGGAAUAUUUUGACAGUUUUAUGCUGCAGGCAAAUUUCUACUAUACAGAUAUACAGGAGAGGGACAGUGUGUGUGAAGGGGGGUUAUAACAUACUGAUCCAGUGGGAAAGUGAGUGGCUUUACUUAACUUUUACCUCCUACAGGGAUUUAUACAGUAUAUACCAAGCUGAGUAUACAGUAUACUGCAGUUUAUGGAGUAUUUACACAUCUACAUCUACAGUCUUGGCUUACUUUAAGUCAACUCUGAUUUCGUAGGAUAUUACAAGGGGUGUUCAAGUCAAAUCAGGACUUUAUCACGAGUCUGAAGUUACUAGUUAUAAUUAUUAUAACAUUAACAGAAGACUUCAAGCACUAUGCAGUGCGGCGAUGAGACUCUUCGCCGCAGUAAA